GGUUUUGGUUUACUUAUCGAUAUCUCUAAAAUCGAUGCAUAAGUAGCUUUCAUUUCGUGUGUGCAUUUGUGUUGUUUUCUAUGCAAGUUUGUGUCAACGAUUUUAAACCAUCAACUUCAUUGGAUAUGUCAAAUAUCAGUAUUUAGUCACAAUAUCACAUAAAAGUGUUAAAAGCCCAAAUCUAAUGGAAUAUUAGUAAUUUUGUAAACCUGCGAAAUAUCUUGGGUAACGUUGUCAUACACUAAGAAGAAGUCAACAUAACGAAACACGGGUAUACGCAUACCAAUACAAGAUUUUGUACUUAUAUUCAAUAUAAACCAAAUAUUAGGAUCCAAAUCUUUGUUUGGCAUGCUCGUUGGCCUCGUUAACGCAAAGGCAAUAAUUUGAUAUGGAUAGAAGUGUGGACUCGAUAGGUAGUUGUUCUCUUGAUGUCGACGCUGAUUCCACGGACGUAUCAGAAUAAUUUCAAUAUUAUAGAUACAAGUGGGAGUUUAAAUUUUCCAACACCAAUUUCUAUUAAAGACAUUACCACAGAAUUCACCACAAAUAUACGAGAGCGAUGUUCUGUUCAGACUUUCCAUGAAAUCAAUAAGAAUUUUAUGGGACUCGAGUCGCAGAUGGUGUUAAAACAGCCAAUCGCAAAUGUCAACACAAGAUGUGCCUUAUUAAAUUCAUCAAAUCCGAAUUCAAAUAAAAUCAUUAGUCAGACUGAUUCAAGUACAGACAAAAAGCCAAGCUAUCUGAAUCUAGCUUGUUGUGUGAAUGGUUAUUCUAAUCUUACAACUUAUGACUCUAAAAUACGACAAGAUAUAAAUAAAUCACGCGAGGUGUCCCCCAUCCGCCCGUCGUCAAAUAGUAUUCAGUAUUGCAAAAAAAGCAAUUCACUGGCUCCACCAAUACUAUUACAAAUGGAUGAUGGCAGAGGAGAUGUUUCUAAUUCGAAACCGGCAGCAACUAACGGACUUUCAAACAAUGGGUAUAAUAAUACAGAAAACAAUGAGCACUGUGAUUCGCCAUGGAAUGAGGAUGGUCGCAAUACUAGUUUUAUUCAACAACGAGUGGAACGAUUAUAUGGACGUGCUGCAUUAGCACAGGGUUUUUAUAGUCCAAAAAAAGUGCGUAGCACUUUCUCUUGUACGUCUCAACGGGAUCGUGAUGAUGCUGGUUCAUCAGAGCUGGCAAGGAAAUUUCAACAACUUACUCCAAGCAAAGAUUACUCCGAGUUCAGGAAAAAGUUAGAUGCAAGUGCUAAUAAUUCUCCACGUCAAGUUAGUUCGGCAACCGAAAUUUCAACUUUUAAUAAUAACAUUGUUGAUUUACCUGUAUUACGUCAUUUAAGCCAAGAGUUUCGGGCUCAGUUACCAAUAAUAUCACCUAAAAAAAACCAAUCAAGAAGUUCUCUUCAUAAGGCGUUAAGCUCGGAAAAUGACACAACCGAUGCGUUUGAAGUAUUAAUAGAUGAAGUAGAUCGUAAGGAAAUUCCGAUAUCUCUAUUGGAAAUAAGUAAUGAACAUCCAAAUGGAGACAAUAUACAAUACAAAAUUGUGGAAAAAUCAAAUUUAAUUGAUCCAUCCAUAGAAUGUUCAGAGAAGAAUGGUAAUUACUUUCUUCAUUUGCUGAAAAGCGAACAGAGUCGUCUUUUAGCUUUAGCUGAUAAAGCGGAAAGAUACGCAGACGAAUUAUCCGGCAAUCCCGAGAUUUCGGAGGACACUCUAGGCUUUUUGCGUUCAGCGUAUGGCAAAGCUCGGUUGCUGGUGUCACAAAAGAUGAAACAAUUUGAAGGCCUUUGCCAAAAUAAUUUGAAUUCAUCACCACAAGACAAAUUUCCCACUACAAAUGAUGAUCUUCAAGGAUUUUGGGAUAUGGUGAAUUUGCAAGUCGAUCAUAUCAAUUCUAUAUUUGAUGAGAUAGAAGUAUUAAGACAAAACAAUUGGAAGAAACCUAUGGAAAUUCUACCUAAGGAGCCGACCAAAAUACAACCAAAAACAGUAAAGACUGUCAACCAAAAGACAAAAGUUAGUACAUCUAAUGGAAAUGACUCUAAAACAAAAUCAGUCUUAUCGGCCGCAGCGUUGAAACGAGAAUCUCAAAGAAAAAUGUUGUUAGAAAUGAAACGUAAAAACAAAAUCGCAUUGGCAGCUAAAUCAACUACGUCUGUUGGAGAUUCUGUUGAGCCACUUGUUGAAAAUUUAGACACCGUUGAGAUAUUUGUCAAACACACUAAUUGAAAGUUCGUUAAUGAGUGCUUUGGUCUUACUAAACUGUACUAGUCCUCUAACAAAAUCGAAUGAGACAUACACUCCAUGACAUAUAUAAUCUAUAAAUCUUUCGCUUCUACUAAUUCUAGUUUCAUAAUCUAAAAACGUUAUAUACACGAAUAAUACUCGUUUGCAGGCUAAUCAUUCAUAAUAAAGCAGUGUGCUAUUAAAAGAUGAGAAAGAGAAAAAUGAAAUUGAGUAAUUUAUAUACAUAUGCUCAUUUUUGGAAAUCUAAAUCUGUUAUGUGAAAAAUGCAAUAUGCAUCAUUUACUUCAUUUUGCUUUAAAAUAGAUUGUAAUUGAGCCAAAUUCAUAGUUUUCAAUUUAGUUAAAUUAUAUUUACUGUUACUAGCUUAAAACUAUGAAGAAAUGUUUGAAUUGGUUGACAUCUUAAAUACGCACUGUACAUACAUGUUUGAUAUUUUUAUAUUAAUUGAUUUAUCAUAUGAAUUUUGCGUGAUUGUCAGAGAAUAAUAUUUUACAUAAAAAUACAUUUAUUUUAUGAAAAUUUUAAAUGUAUGAAAAAAGUACAUCUAUUAAUUAUUAUUAUCAAACAAACUUUUAAAUUGGAAAGGAAUGAAUUUAUGCAGCUGGAGAACCAUUAUGAAACUAUAACACCUAUUUCCAUUGUUAUUGGCAUGCAGAUACUUUUUUCGUUAUGAAUGCGCUUAUAUUUGAUGUUUAUGAUGUCAAAACAUCAAAUAUACAUACUAUGUAGGUUUGCUUCAGUAAGAGAUUUGUAUGACCGCGUUCCGACGAGAACGCUAUUGUCUCGGCAACUCCUAGUUGAUAGAAGAGGGGGCGACGAGGAAAGGGGGAUCGCAGGAUAAAAAGGACAACAAUUUGCUAGAUGAAGCGUCCAUGAAUUUUAGAAAAUUAUGUGAAGAGAAUUACAAAAAAACUUGUCUCGGGUUGUCGAAACAAAAUUUUACCGUGUGAACGCAAUGGGAGACACCAAAGGAGAAUCUGCCGAUAAUUAGCGACAAUAGGAUUCUGGUUUGAAUGCAGUAGAUGAGUUUAUAAUAACCGGUCUACUGGUCAUGGAUAACAAAAUUCUUGUUGUAAAGACACAAAACAAUCACCACAUAAUCUUGAUGUUACGUAGAUCCGAUUGCCGUGAGAACAGUUAUUAUAAAUAUUACUUCCAAAAAUCUUUUCCAUAUUUAAAUAAACAUAAUUCAAACAAGUAAGGAAAGGCUAAGUUCGGGUGCAACCGAACGUUUUAUACUUUCGCAAUUUAUUGCUAUAUUUUUAUUAAGAAAACACACAAUUUGACCCAUAUAUUCGGCAUAAAUAUAUUUCACAUAUUAACCGAUUUAUAAGCUAUUAAGCUCAUCGUAUUUUUGUAAAUUCUAUAAUUAGGUAUUCUCUUAUAUUCUUAUAUAAGAGAAGUUAUGACCUGAAGAACAAUGGGCCUAAUCAUUGAAUCCGCAGCGAAUUCGAUUUCGAUUCGAUAAGUAUUUUCGAUCGAAAAUUUUUAUGCAAUCAUUCAUUCCGUCGAUAAACUGCUUUAUUACAAAAUAAAAAUGUCAAACUUCAUUGUCGACUGUAAGUUUGACAGGUUUGAAAAAUUAAAUUGUCUGGAAUUUUUAUUUCGUUUAUAUAAAUAUUUGAAAUGGAUACAAUCGCGUUAAAUUUAAGUGAUAGUGAUAGUGAAUAUGAAAAUUGUGUAAAAAUUCGUCGUGAGCGCAGAAAUUUAAGAAAUAGUUCAAAAGACAUAUUGGAAAUGGAUGAAAUCAUGCUAAAGGCCGAAUAAUUGUUGAGAAAACAAUAGGUUUAUUAAAAUCUGUAUUUCGUUGCCUUUGCGGUGAACGAGGUCUACAUUACGAGCCAUUUAAAGCAGCGCGUAUUGUUAAUUUCUGCUGUGCAUUGCAUAAUAUUCGUUUGAAUUUUAAUUCUAACGAAACUUAUAAUGAGCCAUACCUGGAUACAACUGAAAAUGAAAAUUCCAUCGAUGAUGACAAUGAUUUAGAUGAUAUGCCCACCGACGAAGCAAGUAAAAUAAGAGAUAGUUUUUUAGAUAUUUUUUAAUAUACAUGUUGAAUUCAUUUUUAUUAGACUAAGUUAAAAAACAUAAAAAUUCAUUAAAACGAAAUGUUUUGUUAGUUCAAAAAAACUUAUGGCUUAUUUAAAUGUUCAAGUUCUAGUUCUAAAAUUUUCCUUUUGGUUUCUAAUUUAUCUAUUGCUAUUUUUUCCAUUGCGGAAUUAUGUCGCUUCAUUUCCUUUAAUUUAUCCUUUUCAGUUUCAUUAAGUUUUCUAAGUCAUCUAUUUGUGUCGGACUGUUCUUUAAUAUAUUCUUUUUGAUGUUUCACAAGCGUGUCCUGCAGUUUUGAAAUAUUUGUCUCCACUUUUUUUUUGGAUCGUUAUUUGUUCUGUAAGAAGAUCAAUCUUGUUUGUUUUGUUCUUUUUAUGUGGAGUACAGAAAAUAUCGGCAUCCACAUUAGAUUCUAUUACCUGACCGGGAGUCAUAUGUGAUGUAGGUUCAACCAAUUCAAUGUCAGGCUGGGAAAAAAUUGACUCAACUGGUCUCUUGCUAGCACUACUUGUUGUAGGAAUCUCAUCAGGGAUAUUUUCUAUUGAAGUGAUCUUCACUGAUGUAUUGAGUGACAGUAUAACACUCACCUUCUCUUCAAGUGAACUUAAAGAAACUUGGCUGAAGGGCCCACCACCUGUUCCAGAAAUGUGUUUUGCAUUUUUUACCAUUUUUUUCUUUGUUGCAAACUUAAAAUCUGUCCAAACCUAGUUAUAGGUUAAGAAAGAAGUUUAAUAGCCGAAAAUUUACAAAUUAUGAUUUUUCAUACCUUCUUCCAUCCAGUUCUGUCCUUGAUUGGAGGACCUAAAGCGUUCAGUUUAUUUGAUAUUUCUUCCCAAAAACUAUUCAAAUCGCCUGGUGCUCUCUGCGAAAAACCUUUCGCUAUGUCGGGGUGUAACUUCAUUUCAUUUACUAACACUUCAAAUUGUGUUUUAUUAGUGUGUUUUUGUCUCUUAUCUCUAAAAUUUCAAUGUAAAACAUAAUUAAAUGCGUCAUUAACAAUUUUUUAUAUAAAUACUUACAAAUUUUCCAUUUCUUUAAAAUUUCCGCAACACACUCACCAACGGAUUGAUUUCGAUGCAAAUUUUCGAUAUUGCGGUAUCAAUGAUUCCGAAAUUAGUGACAUCUAUGUGCCGCGGAAAGCAUUUUAUCGCGUCGGUAACUAAAUUCAAUUCGAUCGAAAAUGUGACUAUCGAUACGGAUUCAAUGAUUCCCAUGUAAAAUUUUACUAUCGAAUCGAACCAUUUUUCGAUCGAAACGGAUUCAAUCAUUAGGCCCAAUAUUUCCUCUGAAUUAAAUUAAGAUACCUGAGAGAUUUCGGAAAUUUUCGGUGAAAAGUUGCCACGGGGUACUGAGUUAUUCAUAUUCGAUAGUCGGGACAUUGAAAAGUUAUAGUCCGAUUUCCACAAUUUUUUCACAAGUGAUGCCACAGAUCAUACAGUAUUUGUGUAAAGUUUUAUUUCGCUAUCUUCAUUGGUUCCUUAUGUAUAUAUUAUAAAGUGAAGGAAUAAGAUGAAAUUCAAAAAUGAGUUAUAUGGGAAGAUGUUGUGGUUGUGAACCGAUUUCGCCCAUUUAUCCAUUUGUCCGUGUCAUCAGGGUGUCAGGAAAUAUUAUAUACCGAAUUUCAUUGAAAUCUGUCGAAUACUUCCUGAGAUAUGUUUUUUUAACCCAUAAGUGGGCGAUGCCACGCCCAUUUUCCAUUUUGUAAAAAGUCUCAGUGCAGCUUCCUUCUGCUAUUUUUUCUGUGAAAUUUAGUGUUUCUGACGUUUUUCGUUAGUGAGUUAACCCACUUUUAGUAAUUUUAAACCUAACCUUUGUAUGGGAGGUGGGCGUGGUUAUUAUCCGAUUUCAACUUUUUUCAUGGUGUGUGGGGGAGUACGUAGGAGAACCGGCUACAGAAAGUUUGUUUUAUAUCGCUAUAUUGGUUUGCGAGAUAUAUACAAAUAACCGAUUUGGGGGCGGGGCCACGCCCACUUCCCCAAAAAAAUUACAUCCAAAUAUGCCCCUUCCUAGUGCGAUCCUUUAUUCCAAAUUUUACUUUUAUAACUUUAUUUAUGGCUUUGUUAUGACACUUUAUAAGUUUUUGGUUUUUGCCAUUUUGUGGGCGCGGCAAUGGUUCGAUUUUGCCGAAAGCAACCUCCUCAGGGUGCCAAGGAAUACGUGUUCCAAGUUUCGUUAAGAUGUCUCAAUUUUUACUCAGGUUAUCUGUUGCACGGACAGACGGACGGACGGACAGACAGACAUCCGGAUUUCAACUCGUCUCGCCAUCCUGAUCAUUUUGAUAUAUAUAACCCUAUAUGUAACUCGUUUAGUUUUAUGACUUACAAACAACCGUUAUGUGUUUUCCCGCCUGGAUAAGGAAGCGAAGCGAAUGUGUCUGGUGGUGAACGAGGACAAGACGAAAUAUCUCCUGUGAUCAAACAAACAGUCAGCGCAUUAACGUCUUGGCUGCCAUGUCACUGUUGAUAGUCAUAACUUUGAAGUUGUAGAUAAUUUCGUAUACCUGGGCACCAGUAUCAACACCGAUAAUAAUGUCUGCCUUGAAAGUCAGUCAAGAAGAAGAAGAAGCAGUUUAACACCUCAAUUGUGUAACUGCCUUCCCUAAAUAAAAGCGUUGGCGGAACGUUUUUACCGCUCAGCGUUAACAUCGAUGCGCCAUCCCUAAAUAAAAGCGGCAACUUUCCGUCAAAUAUCAAAAUGUUUACUUGAAUUGUCGUUGUGAAAUUUAAUUGUACAGAAAAACUUCGUUUUUCGCAGCCAACUUUACUUCGGAACGCUCUCUGAAAAUAGAAUUUUUCAACCGUCGGUAUGUGCCAUACAAAUUGUAUGAGCAUGAGGAUUUUUUGACAGUCAUUUGCCGCUGCCGCUUUUAUUUAGGGAAGGCAGUAAGGCUACUGGCGAAUAAUCGCAAUUUUAGUAGCCUUGGCUACUGAGACUAGAUUUUUUAUUACGAUAAGCUAUCUAUCUCAGUUGCCAAGAAUACGCAGAUAACAGCCCUGAGUUUACAUUUUUGACAAUUAUUUUGAAAGUAUUUGGCAGCAGUGACAGUGACAAUUUGUGCAGUUAAAAAUACAAAUACGUGAACAAAAAUAUUUUAUUUCAACCAAAAUAUAAAGAAGAACUAUAAUGAGUAGUUAUUAAUUAUUUUUCAUGAGUCGGGAAGAAAGCUUGAAUGUCGCAAUAAUUCGACGGUUAAUUAGAGAUCGUUCCAAUCCUUUGGACGCUAAGGAUUAAAAUGUUAUUAUUUGUUAUGUUUACUAUAUUUUGUAUAUUUUCAAAUAGCGUUUUAAAUCCAUCAACCGAUCAACUGCUGUCUCUCAAAUUCUGAAGAUUUGAGCAGCGCUACGAUUCUUUGCUGAAGGUACAUAGCUAUCAGAAAGGUCAAGGGAAUGACUUCGAAAUUUCACAACUUAAAUACGACGAUGUCUGUGAUUCUUACAGAAGUGACCACAUUUAUACAACAGAAAAUAUGCCUAAAACAUAUAAAAUUUAACAUAAGUGUAGAAGAGCAAAAUACUACUAAAAUAAUAAAUAAUAAGCAAUCAAACAGAAUUUCCUAAAAAAGAACUACAAAAUCUGUAUAUUAAUAUCUAUACCUCAGAAGUAAACCGAAUAUUACAAAUUGCUUAAAAAUGGUAUUGUUAAAAUAUUAGCUUCUGCUAUUCUUUUCCAGUCUUAUGGGGUGACCUGAAUCUAUUUAUUUCGGCUUCAAAGCCAUUCCAUAGUUUUACAUUUUUUAAAUAAUAUUUAAAAAGCAACUCAUUCAAAUAUAUAUUUAUGUAAAUACAUUUUUUAUUUAUAUUUACAAUUUUGGCCAUCUGAAUAUAUUAUAUUACUCAAAACUACAAUCUAUAAUGAAGAUACUGGUAUUGAUCAGUAGCCUGCUUUUGACAUAUUUGGAUACUAUAAAAAGGGUUGAUAGUAAUAGAUAAUAUGCAAAAAAUGGCGACUGGCAAUCAGUAGCCUGUUAUAUUCGCCAGUAACCUCUCUUAAUGUAUUUUUCGGACUACGAUAGCCUGAAGGCGACUGAACUCAGGCUAUUAUAGAUACAUAAUAUGGGUGUUCUGAAAUUCGGGUUUAUUGAUGAAAAAAAAUUUAGAAACUGAUUAAACUGACAUGGAUUCCGAUGAAAAUGAACUCGUCAAUCUAGUGCAAUUUGUUGGAAAUUAUGAUGAUAGAAAAACCAGAAGAGUUGUGAGGCCUUGACUUCAUUUUUAGCAAGCUAAUGCCAUAAUUCAUUAUUCAAGGGAGAUAAAGAAGUUUUACGAACAGAAAAAUAGUUCACUCUGGGGUUCUAUCAAGAGGAUCCACAAUUUAACACAGUCAAAACCCUAAAAGUAGUGAUUGAGGAAGCUUGAGCUGCAAUACCGAGAAUGAGUUUAAUAAACCUUAUUGCUUCAAUGGCGAACAGAUUAAUUCAAGUUUUAAAACGCAACGGAAAGUGGACAGACUACUAACAAGAAGUUGGGAGUUAAGCCGAAAUUUAUUCCUUAAAAUUGUUUUUGUUUUUGAGUUUAUAUGAAUUGAUAGCUUGGAAAGUAAACUAAUCAAAGUUUUUUUGAUAUAAAAUUACUUACUUUAUUCUUAAUAUUUUUACUACUAUUGAUAAAAGCACAACGUGCUUAUACAGAUCCGUAGAGACUGCACCAGUAAACAGCAUCGAAAAGGAUCUUAAAUAUAAAGGAAAAUGCUCUUGGAGUAUUCCUGGAAAUUUCUGGAGCAUUCAAUAACGUCUCAACGCAAUCUAUUCUUAAUAGUAUAGAAUCAAUAGGUGUUCAACCGGCUAUACAACGCUGGGUCAAAAACUUCAUUUAUUUAGUUUUCAAAUUGAUGAGUUUUCUGAUAAUGAAAAUAACAAAACUAACAAAAAAGCACAAAGCUGACACGAAUCGCGGCACUCGUUAACGAGCGAUGUAAGUUAUUUUGGCAUAAACUCCCUUUUUAUUACUUUAAAUAAAAAUAUAUUGGUAUAACAAUUAAAUUUUAUUAAUAUUUUUUUUAUUUAACAUAUUUUAGUAAUAAUAUACAGUGGAACUUCCAUAACUCGAAGUUCUCCAUCACUCAAACUCUUGAAUUGGCAAUAGAAGUAAAAUUUCAUACAAAAUUCCUUCCAUUAAUCAAACUUUUCGACCAGGACAUAAUACAAAAUUUAAAAUUUAAUUUUCUAGGCAGAAUUGUAAAAGAGUCUCUCUAUAUCGUAUGGAGGCGAAUAAAAAUGAUAUUACUCUUAUGGAUUGCAUAAAUCAUGUAACAAAUGCAUGGGAUACAGACGUCAAAAGCCAAAAAAUAGCAAAUUGUAUCAAACAAAAUCACAGAAUAUACGUUUUAACUUAUGUUCAUGAAACUUUAUGAAUAAAUAAAACUGUGUAUAAAUCUAUAUUUUACAGCUUUUUGAAAAUGUUAUGCUUUAAUGAAAAUUCUAUAACUCGAAGUCUCUCUAACUCAAAGUUUUUUUUGUGGAUUAUGGUGAUUAGAGUUAGAGAAGUUCCACUGUAUUGUAACGGAUUUCCAAAAUCUGUUGUUUACUCUAAAAUUCUAACCUGAAUUCGAUCACUGGAUUGUCAAAUAAAAGUCACACUUUAAUGGCUAUACACUAAACUUUAUUUCUAAUUCCUUAUAACUUAACGCUUUAGUACUCAAUACUUCGUUACACUGCCCUCCACUUAAGUCUAAUCGUCCCGAUUAGACAUACUUCCAGAAUCAAACGCUUAGCAUUUCUUCCCCUAAUCUCGACUUCUAGGACACUGUCGUCCUCCUUAACAUUCCUUUCUCCAUUGGCAUUAAUCCAAAAUCUUAAAUUAUUCCGUAACCAAAAAUUAUACUCGCAGUCGUCUACGCCGUUGUUUCCUGGACAGCAUACUGAUAAGCCAAGAACAUGGAUAUAUGGAUAUCCUCUGCACCUGUGGUGAUACCUGUCCACCAGUUUUCUAAAAUGCUCUUCCAAAUUUCGGAUGAAUCCUUCCGUCAUGAUAUCGGAUUGUGGAUGUAAUGCAACUCCAACACAUAGCUUCUGGCACAUUUCCAAAUUGUUGAUGCACACAUCCGCCAUCUCGUCAGUCUCUUUACCAUGAAUUGGGCACUCUUCUGUCCUGACCGUCAAAACACUCCUGUUUCCUGAUUUACUGAGUAAUGGACCAGCUACAACCAUGGCGACUCGUUCAAAUGUACUGCUCCCAAACUGUACUGCUUCAUUUCACCAUGACUCUUGGAACUCGACACUUUAUUUGCAAUGUCAUCUCUCAUGGAUUGAUGACAACCAACCCAAUACAAUUGAUCCUUCAAUUUUCCCAAGGUUUCCAUGAUUCUUAUGUGCCCUUUACUUGUACCUUUGUGAAUCUCGUAGCCUAAAGUUCGAUAUAAACAACCAGCCACCAACUUAAAAUUAUUCCACUGUGCCUUUGCGACUAGAUGUUCUGCAGACAUUUCUUCUUUUUUUGGACAUUUCACAACUGGAGAUGCAUCUUCAGAUUGUUGUAUCUUCAUAUCACAAUCUUUUGUCCAUGACACAUGUGUCUUCUCUGGGGUCACCUGCGUCAAUAUAUGUGCCUCCUGCUCCUUCAAUUGUGUAGACACCUGUGCUGAAACCUGCGAUGGUAUACAUUCUCCAUGCACUUCCAGCUGUGUUAACAACUCUUCUCUUUUUAAGGUCAUCUCCAUCGACUCCUCCUCUUUGGACUCCUGUUAGGACAUCCCAUUCACUUCCAAUUGUGUUAACAAAAUAUCUUCAUGCGCUUCUAAUGGUCUUAACAUAUACGUCUGCUUCGCUUCCAACUGUGUGGACAUAUUCUCCCCAUGCUCUUCCAGCUGUCUUAACAUGUCUGCUCUAUUUGAGGUCACAUCCAUUGACUCCUCCUCCUGCUUUUCCAACUGAGAGGACACCCUAUUCGCUUCCGAAUGUGUUGACAAAAUCUGCCCAUGCGCUUCCCAAGGCUUUGACAUACGCACCUCAUUUGCUUCAGUCUGUGUUAACCAAAUUUCUUCAUGCUUUUCCAGCUGUAUUGGCACAUCCGCUUUAUUUGAAGUCUCAUGCAUUGAUUCUUCCUUCUACUUUCCCAACUGUGAAGAUACCCCAUUCGUUUCCGACUUCUGCUCUUUUAACUGGGAAGAAAAUUGUGCUGAUAUUGCCGUUGACAGUUCUUUCAUAUGUUGGGACAACUUUGUUGUUAAGCGUGUGUCCUGUUCUUCCAUUCGCGUUGACUACCGCGCGUCCUGCGCUUCCAACUGGGAUUUCAUCUCCUUUAUUUGUAAUGACUGCGCCUGCAACUGUGACGACAUCUGGGACAUAACAGACAAAAUCAUGUUCAUGUCCACUACACCUGACGAACAUGGAAUCUCUUCUUUUUCCUCAAUUUUCGUUGUCGAUUCCUCUAACAGCGAUUCAAAAACAAAUUCGUCCACGUUGAUGUUUUCUUCUUCCAUUGCCUCUCGCAAACUCCAACUCCUUUUUGAGUUGUGGUUGAACUUGACCAUUAUCUCCGAUGGCAUUUUAUUUGUCAAUCCCACUUCUGACACCAAUUGUAACGGAUUUCCAAAAUCUGUUGUUUACUCUAAAAUUCUACCCUGAGUUCGAUCAGUGGAUUGUCAAAUAAAAGUCACACUUUAAUGGCUAUACACUAAACUUUAUUUCUAAUUCCUUAUAACUUAACACUUUAGUAUUCAAUACUCUACUUUACAACUCUAACUUAUAACUUGUUUACACUUUGCUCGACAACUCUCUUAUUAGAACUGUGUCUUGUUGCCAGUCCGACAGCCCUUAUAUAGUCGAUUGUUAGCGAUACAUCGCCACUCGAACAUUCUGGCAACUACGAGUAUCGAUGUCUAGAUACAUCUGGCAAGUUAUCGAUUUCGAUAGUCAAUUCUAGUUUGUUCUGGUGCCAUUUUCGUUACAGUAUUAAUAUUCAUCGGCGGGACCCCAAUUUUGAUAAUCAUUAAUUAUUAUCUAUAUUAUUUAUUUCAUUCGUUUCUUUUUUUACUGCAAUUCAUGUAAAAUAAAACUCAUACACAAUUUGAUAACUCAUGCAUAUGAUAUAGGGCUGUUAAGCAUUUAUGAAUUCAAUACUUCGCCUAAAAUAAUGCAAUGGCGUUUACGAAUAUUGUACAUUGUAUGCCAUUUUAUAUUGCGUUUACGAAAGCAGCCUGUUUUAUCGACCUUUAUCCGACAAAUGCGACAUAUUUGAUAAAGUGUCUGUGAUUUUUGCUUUGUUCAAAAAAAAUUAAAACUUACCUUUAACUGUUGUGAAAUUUCUUCCAAAAAAUUAUUUAAUUCGCCUGAGGAUCUUUGAGAAAAUUCUUUGGCUAUUUCGAGGGGCAACUUUAUAUCGUUUUUAAACAUCUUUAAUUUAUUUUUGUUAGUCUGUUUUUGUCUCUUGUCUCUAAAAUACCCAUUUAAAACAUAAUUUAGUCCAUCAUCAGUAAUUAUUUACAUAAAAACUUUCAAAUGGUUUAUUUCUUUUACAUUUCCGCAACUCAUUCACCAACGGAUCGUAAAUUUUAUUUUCGAUGCGGUUUCAAUGAUUCCGACGUAAAAUUUUUGAUCGAAUCGAACCAUUUUUCGAUCGAAACGAAUUCAAUGAUUAGGCCCAAUGAUUUAAGGACAUAAUAAAUAAGAAUAAAAAAAAUUUUAUGAGUGAUUUUCUGCUACAGCAUCUGGUCCUUAAAAAACAUAUUAUCAUUGAAUUAAGACUGUGGUAUCCUUUUCUGCUGAAAAACAUACAUAUGUAUGUCUAUUCGCAAUUAGUUUUUGAAGGCCAAAAUGUUUACCAUCAAUACAUCCGAUAACUAAAAAUGUGUAUAGUUAUUUGCACACAUUUUUUCAGUUCAUCAGUUAGUCGACAUACCUCGUGGAAGUUUAUAUUUCUCAACAAAGUAUUCUGGGCACUUAGAUAUACAGUCGGGCGAAAACUUACUGAAAUGUGGACAAGGUUUCCGUUUCCAUCUCUUUAACUACGUUUACAUACUGAGCUUUCACACAUGCCAAUUAAAAAGUCGUUUCCAACUAAGAGAUAAGAGAGGUUAUACCUUCCACUCGCCAAAUAGGAACAAAGCCGCUGCUAGUGAAGCAUUAUGAUGCAAGUAAAUGCAUCUUUGGGCAGUCUAAACCACUUCCUGAAUCAGUCAAUGAUUUAAAAUACUAAAUAUUUAUAAAUAUAAAUUUUAUUACGCUGCUUCAGGUAAAGCCAUGGGAUUGCUUUUAUCGCGAAUCUUGAACAUUAUGGCCAAUUGGUAAUGUUCUUCAUCUCAAUCUGUUGAACUUGUAUAAAAACACGAUAGUGUUCAUUUCAUUGCCUGAAAAAAACUAAAUUUAAUAAAUUCCAAUAUAAACGUAUAAUAAAUUUGAAUUCGUUUUGUAUCAAGUGCGGCGAACGGGACAGUCGACACGUUACGAAAUUUCACUUGAUACGAUUAUUCGCCCGCUCACGACUGCCGCGAUUCGGGACCAGAACUACUUCAAAAAUAAGAGCAAAAAAAUAUUCCACAAUUAACGUAAAAUCCAAGUUAAAAAACAAAAAAACUACUACGGACUACUUCUCCUAAACGUCUUGGUAUUGAUUCGACCAACUUCCUUGUUAUGGAUGGGUCUAUAUUGUACCACUCUUCCAUUAGAAUCUGCUCCAUUUGGGGUUUGUUUGUAAAAUGACGCUUGACUUUGAGCAGGAGUUUUAAUUACUCCAGGGCAAUUGUAUAAAACCAAUGCUUUGUAUUCAGUGUGGGGUGCUUGUUCGUUAUCUUGGUAAAUCUGAAAAGUAGAUCCGAUUACGAGAUUUUCUGCACUACUUCGUAAGUUUCUCUUUAGAUUGUUAAUGUAUUGCAUGUGGUCCAUGACUUGGCGAAAUUACUACAUUUUUACAACCCCUACUGCCGACAUAGCGGUUGGAAAAUUCGAUUUUGACAGAUCGAUUAGGAGCACUAGUUCGUAAGUUUCUCUUCAGAAUGUUAAUGUAUUGCAUAUGGUCCAUGAUUUGGCGAAUUUAUUCCAUUUUUCUAACCCCUACAGCCGAUAUAGGUUGGAAAAUUCGAUUUUGACAGAUCGUUUAGCAGUAAAGUUGGCUGCGAAAAACGAAAUUGCUUUGCACAAUAAAAUUUCAGAGUUAACAAUUCAAAUAAACUUUUUGAUAUUUGACGUAAAAUUUCCGCGUUAGGGCGCUUAACGCUGAGCGGUAAAAAACGUUUCGCUGAACGCUUUUAUUUAGGGAAGGCAGUUUAUUCGGAUAUGAAAUUUGCUACUUUAACAGUAAAUUCCCUGUUUCUUAAAAAUGACUCGAAUUUUUUAUACAAUUCUAAGGUAUACAGUUUUUAAUCUUAUAUGCCUUCAAGUGACACCUAAUCAAACGACUGAGCUAUGUCUAGCUAUAUUUAGCUAAACUCUCUAAAAUACUCAAAUGAUUUUCAUAAACUUGUUUGAGGAUUAUUGUUAAUCUAUUUAAGUAUUUUUAAUAAGUAGCGUCCAUUGACAUUCUGCCUACUGAGUGCUUUGAAUCUAAGGUAUUUUCUUUUUAGCUCCUUAUAAAUUGUUCCAAGUUCAAUUGAAAAUAUACGAAAGUUUUCUUCAUGUAUAUCCUGGUAUUUGUUGGAAAAAGUAUUAGAAGUGGAAAAAAAUUAAAAAAAUUAAGGUUAAGGUUUCUUAGUGUCAAAAGAUGAUGAAACAUUAGUAUAAAGUUUCUGAAAGACUAUUAGGAAGAAUUGUAUAAUAGGAUACCAAAUUCUCUACUCGUUAUUUUUUCCAGCAAUAGAUUGAAGAACGAUAGUGGCUGACAGUUUUGCCAACCUCUGAAAAAAAUAAAUUUUGAAAUAUUCUCACGAAAAUUUUAAAUGAGAAUUUCCGGGUACUUAUUUGACAGAUUGUAAUUUUAAAUGAAGGAUAAUUCCAAUGAUAUUUGUCAAAAGUUUGUAAACUGAUUGGAUAUUUGCGGAACCUAUUUAUCUUAUUCGAUUGUCGGCAACCUCCGAAGUCGAAUUUUAGGUGUAACGAUUACGAUUAAGUCUAGCACGUAGUAGAUAGUAUUUUACUUUUUGUGACAAUACCGUUUAUUGGCAGCUUUUGGCUAAGAGCACUGAUGGGAGAACUGUCGAUACUAAAAUCUUUGCCAGUGUGUUCAUUUUUGAAACGCUUAAGUCCACCUAAUUCUGCCAUUUAUGUUAUCUUGCGUUUGAUCCUUUGCUAUUAUUUUAUCUUCUUUUGACAAAGAUAGGCGUAGUAUUUCGUCAUAGAUUAUAUUGCAAAACAGUGGCCUCAAACGGAGUUAGUUACAACGUCUGUCAUACAAAUAACUUCUUACAAUAAAUAUAUCAGAGUUUUGAGUUUCCCUAAAACUUCUAUUAUGUGAGACUCGUACGUUGAGUUAAAUAAGUGAUUCCUGUUAGUUUUUUUUUUAUUUCAUCGAUGGUCGAGCACUUCCUGCGAGACCUACUGGUUGCUACAUAAACCAUAUGUAUACCAAUUGAUUGAUACUCAAUAGUAUCAAACAAAAUGGUCGAUACGCAACUGAAUCCCCAACUGUCUUGAUUGGCUUCUGUAUUAAGACCAUGCGUUUUUCUUUCCACCUUGUGUAAACUUUUUAUCUUCUUAUUUGGAAUCAUAUCCAGCUCUGGACCUUUAGAUCUUGAACUGAGCAGUAAUAAUUAACUUGUCAGUAAUUAUUAAUAGAUCUACUCUCCAGGGGGUAAUAGCUCUUCUUCAUGCAAACGUAUGUUGAAUGUAGCCAAUGAAUGAAGUGUUUGCAUUACAUUUUUAAGGAGAAUUGCGCAGAUUGAUGCUUGCCCUAGGGCCUCGAACCUUAGACAUGAUCAGCUUUACAUUCCACAAAGUGUUUUGAAGCAGUCAUACACACAGUUAAUUGGAUAGAAGAGAAGUAGAUUAGUAGAUGGGUAAAAUAUACUUCAGUGUAUAUACAUAAAUGUGUGUAAUAUGUGAUAUGCCAUAGCGACAUUGAAAGCAGUCAAUAUUCUUCUACAUAAAGGAAAAAAUAAUCAUUUAAUCUCACCUGUAAAUCUCUUACAUAAUGAGAGAUGGAUUUUGAGUUUUAUUUUUAAGUUGUACUGUAAAAAAAAUAUGCUUUCCAUAUUUGACAAACUUCAAUAACUUUGGAACUAAAAUUUCAGUUUGGAAUUGCAUCGGCGUUUAUUUUAUAUUUUCCAUAUUCUCCGUAAAACUCAUAAUGUGAAUGUUUAAUCGUGGUAUACAUAAAUAAAAUAUCGAGGAAUUACUUUGUAAAAAUUUAUCUUAAGCAAUUAUUUAUUCGCUAUCAACUAUAUAAUAUGUUAUAUACAAGGAAUACUAAGAAUAUAUGUUCCCCAGUUGAUGUUAAAAUUGUUUAAUACUCGUAGAUACACUUUGAAUAGUUUAUAAAGCAAUACAUACGUACAUAUAAUUUACUACAGAAUGGGGUAUUUUUGGAAUUUAGCUAUAUAUGUAUAUUAUUGGUUAGUAUGCGACAGUAUAAAAUAAGGAACUAAAUACAGAAAUUCGACCACAGUACAUAAGACCAAAUUUAAAACCCGUUCAGCGAUUACUGGCAAUACAAAAAAAAAACAAGAACAA